AAUCCACAACAGAUUUGAUGUCUAUUUAAGGGCUCAUUGGUCUUCUUUAUCUAUAUGUAUGACUGUAUAUAUUCAUUUGCAUUUCAGAAACAAACCAUAAAUGGACACUAAAAAGAAGCAGCAGCUUUCUCCUAUGGAUCUCCCAACGGAAUUGUUAAGAGGAAUUUUGUUAAGGUUACCAGUGAAGUCCCUUUUUCGAUUCAAAUGCGUCUCUAAGCAAUGGCUCUCUCUGUUAUCUGAUUCCCACUUUGCAAAAUCGCAUUUCGAUCUUACCAACAAUAUUAACAAUAAGCUCUUAUAUUUGUCCCGUGAUUUAUCCGGUGAUUAUUCUAACGCUUAUCGUGUAAAAAUAGCAGGAACGUCAAUUCAUCAUGAUUAUAGGGUUCAUCUUCAUGCAAUUUGUAAGCAUGAAAGCACUAGGAUUAUCGGUUCAUGCAGAGGCUUCAUUCUGUUGAAGAAUGACACAAUGCUGAUUCUUUGGAACCCGGUAACUGAUUUUUAUACAGCAGUGGCAUAUCCAGAUCUCGAUUUCUGGAAUUUGGAUUUUCCAUGUUCGUCUUUCUUUUGUGGUGGUGUUGGAUAUGAAAAAUCCACUGAUGACUAUUUAAUAGUCAUUGGAUCCAUUAAGGCUAUGCUGAAACCCUGGUGGAAGUUUUUCUCUCUUAGAACCAAUUCAUGGAAAGAAAUUGAGGGUGGUGAUCGCUUUUUCCCUUGUUUUCCUCUUCAUCGUCAAUUAGGAUUGGUAUACAAUGAAGCUAUUCAUUGGUUGGCGAUUCACACUGGCAGUGAUGAUGAGCAUAGUUUUGUAAUUGUUGCCUUUGAUAUCGCGACGAAAACUCUAUCAAUGAUUCCCUUACCUUACCCACAAGAUACUAGGAAUUGUGAGUUAAGCCUCAUGGGAGGUGGAGGAUGCUUUGGAAUGUGGAUAAUGAAUAACACAGCGCCAGAGAUAUGGGUGAUGAAAGAAUAUAAAGUGGAAUCAUCAUGGACUAAACUUAAUAUUGUUCUUCCUCUUUAUAGAGGUGUGAUUCCUUUGUGUUUUGCUGACAGUGGUGAUGAAGUUGUAUGCAGAAGAGGCAAUAACAGAGAGCUAAUGAAACUCAGCAACAACCAAGCCUGGGGAAGGUGUGUAUUAAAUCCUUGUGAUAAUGAUCCAAUUCUAGUUAUGUUUACUGAGUCCUUAUUGUCACUUCCAAGUUCCAAGUAGUUCUGUUUUAUACUUUUUUAUUAUAAUAUAUUUUCUUUUAUUGAAGGAAAAAAAAAAGUUUAAGUUGUAUGCGGUGCUAUUUCCUUGAAUAAGCUAAUCUGGUGUGGUAAAUAGGUUAAUACUUGAUAUCCUAGUGAUAAAUUUUAUUUCAGAUUUCUCAUAAGCUUGUGAUGAAUUGUUGGCAUAAAUAAAUUGUUGUUUUGGUCAUAGUUUAUUUUCCUUUAUAUAUCAACUAGUACAGCACCAGACUGAUACAUAUCUAUUCUCUCUCUAUAAUGUAUCAGAAUUCAAAAAGGAGAAACAUUGAUAACAUUUU